AUGGAAAAUGCAUCGGCAAAACAAGUAAAGAUUGGUAGUGGCGGUUGCAAUUGCAAGGGAGGUGAUGGUGGUAGCGGUGGCAAUGGCGGUGACGGUGGUAAUGGUAGUGAGGUUGGUGUUGGCAGGGAUGGUGGUGGUGGUGGUGGCAGUGGUAGUGGUAGUGAUGGUAAUGAUGGUUUUAGCGGUUACGAUGAGGACGAUUACAACAAGGAUGAUUACGACGAGGACGGUUACAACAAAGACGGUUACGACAAGGAUGGUUACGAUGAGGACGAUCAUGAUGAGAAUGGUUACAACCAGGAUGGUUAUGACAACGACGGUUACAACAAAGAAGGCUACGAAGAGGACAAUUAG